UUUCUCUUCUAUAAAUCUCUAUUGAAUUCUAACAUCAUCAAAGCUUUAGCUGUUCGGUUUUUUUCCAGGAGCAGAGCUCGCUUAGUAUAGCUAUGGCAGAAGAAGAGAAAAUACCACUUCUGAAACCCUACAAAAUGGGCAAAUUUCAUCUCUCUCACAGAAUAGUACUGGCACCACUAACAAGGUCAAGAUCCUAUGGAAAUAUCCCGCAACCUCAUGCCAUGCUCUAUUACUCUCAGAGGACAACAAAGGGAGGUUUUCUAAUUGCUGAAGCAACUGGGAUUUCUGAUACUGCUACAGGGUACCCAAACACUCCAGGAAUAUGGACCAAAGAACAGGUGGAUGGCUGGAAACCUAUUGUUAAGGCAGUGCAUGACAAGGGUGGCAUCUUCUUCUGCCAAAUAUGGCACACUGGAAGAGUCUCCAAUUAUGGUUACCAGCCAAACGGACAAGCACCUAUAUCGAGUACCGAUAAGUCUAUCCCUCCCCAAAAACAACAUGAUGACACCGUGGCGGAGUAUUCUUCUCCACGGCGCCUCGCGGCUGAAGAGAUCCCUCUAAUUAUUAAUGAUUUUAGACUUGCAGCAAGAAAUGCAAUUGAAGCUGGCUUUGAUGGGGUAGAGAUCCAUGCUGCCCAUGGGUACUUAAUAGAACAAUUUAUGAAGGAUGGUGCAAAUGAUAGAACUGACGAAUAUGGUGGAAGCAUAGAAAAUCGGUGCCGGUUCGCCCUUGAAAUCAUCGAGGCAGUCGUAAAUGAGAUUGGCGCCGAGCGUGUGGGCAUUAGACUCUCUCCUUUUGCGGAUUACAUGGAAUGUGGGGACUCAAAUCCAGAACAAUUGGGUUUUUACAUGGUGCAAUCAUUAAACAAAUAUGGAAUUCUAUAUUGCCAUAUGGUUGAGCCAAGAAUGUCAAUUGUUGAUAGUAGAAAGCAAAUUCCCCACCGUUUGCUUCCUAUGAGAAAGGCAUUCAAUGGUACUUUUAUUGCUGCAGGAGGAUAUGAUAGAGAUGAAGGUAAUAAGAAGGUGGCUGAGGGUUAUACUGAUUUAGUAGCAUAUGGGCGAUUGUUCUUAGCUAAUCCAGAUUUGCCACGAAGAUUUGAGCUAAAUUCUCCUCUCAAUAACUACAAUAGGUUCACUUUCUAUACUCCAGAUCCAGUUGUUGGGUAUACGGACUAUCCUUUUCUUGAUGACUAAAAUUUUCUUUAUACUUACAAGUGAGUAGAUUGAAUGUCAUUGUUGAAGAGAAAAGUGGGAGAGUACAUGCAAUUUAUCUCUGAUUGCACCCUUUGUAUUUCAUAAAAGAUUAUGUAUCAGAUUAUAUUUUUAACAUUCUUGAUCAAUCUUUGUUAAAAAGAAGUCCUCUUUAUAUAAUAUUGAAGAUAUUUCUCCA